AUGGUGCGGACGAGGCGGCCUGAGCUGUGGGUGCUCUGUGCAGUCUGGGUGACUGUCGCUGCCAUCUCGGUGGAAACCCCGCCGGAACUCAUCCGGGCUGCCCGAGGCAGGAGCGUCACCCUUCCCUGCAUGUACCGCACUUCUGCCCAUGACCGGAAUGGGUUCAUCCAAUGGGACAAGCUUCUGCGGAGCCACACGGAAAAGGUGCUCAUCUGGAGAUUUUCAACCCAAGACUACGUCUACGGUGACCUUUAUAAGAACCGUGUCAACGUGUCGGGCAAUGCUGAGCAGUCCGACGCCUCCAUCACCAUUGGCCAGCUGACCAUGGAUGACAAUGGCACCUACGAGUGCUCAGUCUCGCUGCUCACAGACCUGGAGGGCACCUCCAAGGCACGCGUCCGCCUCCUGGUCCUGGUGCCGCCCUCCAAACCAGACUGCGGCAUCAAGGGCGAGACGGUGAUUGGGAACGACAUCCAGCUGACCUGCGAGUCAAAGGAGGGCUCCCCGACCCCUCAGUACAGUUGGAAGAGCUACAACCUGCUGAACCAAGAGCGGAAAGUCCCACCAGGCGAGGGGCAGACCUUGUCUCUGAGGAACAUCUCCACAGACACGUCGGGCUACUACAUCUGCACCGCCAGCAACGAGGUGGGGACCGAGUCCUGCAACAUCACCGUGACCGUCAGGCCUCCCUCCAUGAACGUGGCCCUGUAUGCGGGCAUCGCUGGUGGCGUGGUGGCGGCCCUCAUCCUCAUCGGGGUCCUUGUCUACUGCUGCUGCUGCCGGGAGAAGGACGAGGACCAGGAGGCCAGGCCGAGUCGGUCCAUCUACCAGGAGCCUCCGGAGCAGCUGAGGGAGCUUUCCAGGAGGCAGGAAGAGGUGUAG